UUGCACCUGAGCUGUCAUUUUACAGCCGAUAUCCAAAGUUUGUGUUGCUGUAGUACCUCGUGGCACUAUAAAGCAUAACAAAUUCCUUACAAAUUUGCGAUUGUGAACGUAAUUACUCGAUCGAUUGGAGUUACUAAUCCUAUAAUUGAGUUUUUGUGCAAUAAAAUGGAGCAACCAGUUUCGAAUGGUGAAACUGUGGCCCCGGCUGCGCUGGCAAACGGUGACGGUCCACCAAAAACUGCUAAACAAUUGGAAAAGGAGGCCAAAAAGGCUGAAAAACUGGCGAAGUUGCAAGCAAAGUUGGAUAAAAAAGCAGUAGCCCCUGCAGCUACGGAGAAGAAAGAAAAACCUGAGAAAAAGGUAAAGGAAGCCAAAGAGACUGCCGUAUAUACAGCAAAUACUGCGCCGGGCGAAAAGAAAUACGUUGCGGGUGCGCUGCCGGACGCAUACAGUCCUCGCUAUGUUGAAGCCCAGUGGUACAGCUGGUGGGAAAAAGAAGGUUUUUUCACUCCUGAAUAUGGUCGUACAAGCAUUUCGGAACCAAAUCCUAAAGGGAAAUUCGUCAUGGUAAUUCCACCACCCAAUGUGACAGGCUCACUACAUUUAGGUCACGCAUUAACGAACGCCAUCGAAGAUGCAAUUACACGAUAUCACCGUAUGAAGGGCUUAACCACGCUGUGGGUGCCAGGUUGUGAUCACGCCGGCAUCGCCACGCAAGUGGUGGUUGAGAAGAAACUCUGGCGAGAGGAAAAGUUAACGCGUCAUGAUUUGGGGCGGGAAAAGUUCAUUGAAAAGAUAUGGGAUUGGCGUCGUGAAAAAGGUGUGCGCAUCUACGACCAACUUAAGUGCUUGGGCUCUUCAUAUGAUUGGACACGUGUCGCAUUUACUAUGGACCCUAAAUUAUGUCGAGCAGUUACUGAGGCAUUUGUACGUCUCCAUGAAGACGGUAGUAUUUAUCGGAGUUCACGUCUCGUUAACUGGUCUUGUGCGCUACGUUCGGCUAUUUCCGAUAUUGAAGUGGACAAAAUAGACAUACCAGGAAGAACAUUCUUUUCUAUACCAGGAUAUAAUGAAAAGGUUGAAUUUGGUGUUUUGAUCAAGUUUGCGUAUAAAAUUGAGAAUUCCGAUGAAGAAGUUGUAGUGGCUACCACACGUAUUGAAACCAUGCUGGGCGAUACCGCUGUGGCCGUACAUCCGCAAGACGAACGUUACAAGCAUUUGCAUGGCAAAUUCGUACAACACCCAUUCUGUGAGCGACGUAUACCCAUAGUUGUAGACGACUUUGUCGACAUGAACUUCGGUACAGGCGCUGUGAAAAUUACGCCUGCACAUGAUCCCAAUGAUUACGAAGUAGGCAAACGCUGUAAUCUACCAUUCAUCACUAUUUUCAAUGAUGAUGGUUACAUAAUUGGGGAAUACGGCGAAUUUAAAGGCAUGAAGCGGUUUGAUUGCCGUAAGCGUAUCCUGGAAAAACUUAAAGAGUUGGGAUUGUAUCGCGAGACCGUCAAUAAUCCUAUGGUAGUGCCCUUCUGCAGUCGAUCCAAGGAUGUGGUAGAGCCAAUGAUAAAACCACAAUGGUAUGUGAAAUGCAAUCAACUGGCUGCUGAUGCAACUGAAGCAGUGCGUAAAGGUGAAUUGAAAAUCAUACCAGAACAUCAUACCAAAAUUUGGUACCACUGGAUGGAGGGCAUACGAGAUUGGUGUGUGUCGCGCCAAUUAUGGUGGGGUCACCGCAUACCAGCCUAUCAUGUAACAUUCAAAGAUGAAACCAUGAAACGAACUCACGAUGACGAAGCCUAUUGGAUUGUAGCGCGCACGGAGCAGGAAGCACUUAAAAAAGCGAGUGAAAAAUUCAAUGUGGAUCCCAGUAAUAUCGUGCUCCAUCAGGAUGAAGACGUGCUGGACACGUGGUUUAGUUCUGGUCUUUUCCCCUUCUCCGUCUUCGGUUGGCCUGGCAACACAGCUGAUUUGCAAGCAUUUUAUCCAACCACUUUGCUUGAGACUGGUCACGACAUUCUCUUCUUCUGGGUUGCCCGUAUGGUAUUCUUCGGACAGAAGCUGCUCGGCAAGUUGCCCUUCAAGGAAGUCUAUCUGCAUCCAAUGGUACGCGAUGCACAUGGCCGAAAAAUGUCCAAGUCUUUGGGAAAUGUUAUUGAUCCCAUGGACGUUAUUAAGGGUAUUACUUUAGAGGAGUUGCAUAAGCUUUUAUACGAUUCCAACUUGGAUCCGCGCGAAAUUGAAAAGGCCAAAGCUGGACAAAAACAAGACUUCCCUAAUGGCAUUCCCGAAUGCGGUUCAGAUGCGCUGCGCUUUGCUCUGUGCGCUUACAUUACCCAAGCGCGCGAUAUCAAUCUGGAUAUUAAUCGUGUGCAAGGCUACCGUUUCUUCUGCAACAAAUUGUGGAAUGCAACGAAAUUUGCAUUGAUUUACUUCACCGGCGAUGAGCGAUAUACAUCUAAUUUGACGCUUAGCGGUAACGAAAACAAUAUGGAUUUGUGGGUGCUAUCACGUUUGGCCACUGCUAUCGAAGCGUGCAACACUGGUUUUGCACAGUACGAUUUCGCAGCAGUUACAAGCGCUUGUUACAGCUUUUGGUUGUACGACUUAUGCGAUGUAUAUCUAGAAUGCGUGAAGCCGAUCUUCCAAAGUGGCAGUGAUGAACAGAAAGCCGCGGCACGUCGUACUCUAUUCGUGUGUCUCGAUAUGGGUCUGCGCAUACUGUCACCGUUCAUGCCAUUCAUUACCGAGGAGUUAUUCCAACGGCUCCCACGGGCCGACAAAACGCCCAGUAUUUGUCUUGCUGCUUAUCCAGAAAAUGUCACUUGGCACGACGAAAAAAUCGAAAAAGAAGUUGAAUUCAUGCAGAAAGCAGCCCGUAUUAUACGAUCAGCACGCUCCGACUAUAAUCUACCCAACAAGGUGAAGACCGAGGCUUACAUUGUGUGCACCGAUGAGCAACCCAAUAUAGUGCUAAAGAAAUAUGCCAACGACUUGACCACAAUUGCCUUCUGUUCUAAAAUGGAAUUCGAUACUCAACCACCAACAGGUUGCGCAAUACUCACUGUUAGCGCUCAAUGUGAAGUGCAUUUGUUGCUCAAAGGUCUUAUUGAAUCAGAGAAAGAAAUAACGAAAUUACAAAAGCGCAAAGAACAGUUAGAACAGACUGUAAAUAAGCUGAAGCAAGCGAUGCAGGCAGCUGAUUAUGCAACAAAAGUGCCCAGUGAAGUACAAACGGCCAAUACGGAAAAGCUACAGCAAUCGGAGGGUGAAGUGCAACGUAUUAUUUCCGCCAUUAGUACGUUAAAAUUGAUGUAAACUCAAGGAAUUAUUGACUAAGCCUGCACUUUGACAUACUAUAAUUGGCACACUGCAUUUAUGCCUGACGUUUAAAUUCAUCUUCUAUAUUUUUUCCUACGCUUAAUUUUUUCUAAUUUAUCGCUUAUUCAGUAGGCUAACCAACUAGUAAACUAAAACACUUGUGUAAAUCCAUAGAGAAUACUAGCUUUCAUAUCAAGCUUUCACAAAGAAUGAUAAUUCUUGGAACGUCUAUUACUCAAUUUUAAAUAUAUU